GUAAUAAAAAAAUGUUUAAGAAAAUCAAAUAUUUCAAGAGACGCUCCAAUUGCCUGUGACCUCAUUCAAGCAAAUUUUCAUAAGAGUUCACUGUUAUUGACUUUAUUCACGAAAAAAAUGGUAGAUGUGAGUAGGUGCUGAUACUGUCAUAACAGCAUCUUAAGAUUAUAACACCCCCUCGACCCACCACCGAAGAGCAGUGAAGAGGGGUUCCUGGUGACACACUGCAAUGUCAGAGACUCUGAUAACAGGGCAGACAUCGGAGGAUCUGUUGGCAGACUUUGAGACUUUGCUGAACUCUGGGAGUAUCAACUUGGGCGAGGAUCACCAGAUAGUGAUUAUCACCAGCCCCAGCAAUGAAGGACUCCACCCGGCCCCUGCCCCGACCAGCACGGGGGAAAUCCUGCUGUUCGCCACGCCACAGGGCCCGGCGGACGUGGGGAACCAGGACAAGAGGAGACCGGCUCUGGGAAGGCCCCCGGUAAAAAGGAAGUUGGAUUUGGACAGUGACCAUCAGUAUGUCAGCACCACUCGACCUUCCACAGGCCAAGCACCACUUUCUACUCCUGCUCCUCCCAGAGUUCCUCGGACCACAGCAGAGAAGUCUCGGUAUGACACUUCUUUGAACCUGACCACUAAGCGCUUCCUCGACCUGCUGUCCCAGUCGGCCGACGGCGUGGUGGAUCUAAACUGGGCGUCUCAGGUCCUGGAUGUUCAGAAGAGACGCAUCUACGACAUAACCAAUGUCCUGGAGGGGAUCCAGCUCAUCUCCAAGAAGUCCAAGAACAACAUCCAAUGGCUUGGUAAUCGCAUCGAUGCGGCUCUGGUUUCCCGCCAUAAGGAGCUGCAGAGGGAGGUGUGUGACCUCACAGAUGCUGAGGAGCAGCUGGACGAGCUCAUUUCCAAAUGCAAUCUACAGCUCAGAUUGCUCACAGAAGACCCACAGAACAAAAAACUGGGGUAUGUGCGCUGCCAGGACUUGAGACAGUCAUUCGAUUCCCCCGACCAGCUGGUCAUGGUGAUCCGAGCUCCACCAGAGACUCAGAUGCAAGUUUCAGAGCCCUCUGAGGGUUACCAGGUGUCGCUGAAGAGCACACGAGGUCCGAUCGACGUCUUCCUCUGUCCAGAAGACAGCUCCGGCGUGUGCAGCCCCGUGACCGGAGGCAGUCCCUCCAAACCCAGUGCUGACCCCUCCCUCGUUCCACCUCCCACACAACCCACUGACCAAUCACAACCCAAAACCAGCACGACAGCCCUCGAAGUGGGCUUAUCAUCGCCAGCAUCCACGUCAUCCACUGCAACAGCAGUCUCGCAGCAGGACCCCUCAUCACUAGGGUUAGGUGGUGACACAGAAUCCCUCCUGGAAGGCGAUCCGUUCUCCAGCCUUGGGGACCUACCUGAUUUUGACCUCUCACCUCUCUCCUCCACGGACUUCCUGAACGGAGAGGGCCUCCCUCUCCCAUUGGACAGUUUCAUCAACCUGUCCCCCCCUCACAGUCACGACUACCACUAUGGACUCGAGGAUCACGAAGGCAUCAGCGAACUGUUUGACUGUGACUUUGGUGACCUGUCACAAGUUUUGGGAGAUGGUUAGAAGUAUUUAAAAAAAAAAAAAAAAAAAAAAAGAGGAGCAUAUGGGCAAAUCAUUAUAAAUUUAGGCCUUCUCCUCAGUGAUCUGGCACUCUUAAAGGAGUGGGAAUCAAUAUUUUAUGGACACAUCAUUGUCAGAAAUGUAUUGCUUUCAUUGUGGGGAUUUGGGAAAAUGUUCUGUGUAGUGUUUUGCUUGUGAUCCCCAAAAUACCACCUUAACUACGGAAUCUCAGAAAUUUCCCCCAAAUUGUACAGCACAUCAUCAGCACUUCUCUUUGGCCAUUCAAAAGACUUAGACCAAGAUUUUAGCUUUAGAAUAGCUAUUUAAAUUAUUUAUAUGAAUGUUAUUUUCAUAUUGUGUACCAAGUGAGGUUUUUGUUGUUGUUGAUGUUUUAUCCAAGCGGAUCAUGCAGGUGUUUAUGCGUGAGUGUGGCAUCGGGACUCUUGGGGCUGGUUUCCUUAACAGCGACUCUUAGGGUUUGCUCGUCAGACGGCUCGGGCUGAAGGGUUUUUAGUCCAGAGCUGCUUCAGUGAAGCCAGCUGGGCUUUCCAAAAGCAUCUUUGGUGCUGGGGUGCAGUUUCAUAUUUCUCUUUCACAACCGUUAGAGGUCAUCGUGAAGCCAAAUCUAAAAGGUUUUUCCCCUCAAAAAGGUGAAUUAAAAUACUGGAAUCUUGAAAAACUGGAUCCUGUAACGUGUCUUUUGACCACCAGCAACAUUUUAAGCCCCAAAACUGUAUUUGCAGAGACCCCACCCAGGAAAAAUGUACCACAGUCAGUAGAUAUAAAUGCAUUUUUACUGCUGAAUUUCCCUGUGGGGAACUGGAGCUGUACGUUUCUUUUUAAAUAAAUGGUAGCAAAGGCUUACCACGACACUUUAAAUUUCUUAUUUUUAAAGACAGCAUCUGUGCAUUAGUCCUUUAAAGCUUCAGAAUGGCAAAGUUAGAAACUCCACUGUGUGGCACAAAAAAAAAAAAAAAAGGCCACUUCGAAGGAUAAGUGUGGACUUAGCCUGAAAGCUUAAGGUAUGUUUAUGUCUGUGUGGGAAACCAGGUGGGUGAAAACUAAUACUGAAGAUGUUCUCUAUUAGUUAGCUAGGCGUUUAGCCAUAGUCUCAGGUGUUUGGAGCAGAGCAAGGUCUUAAAUAAAUUUUUUUUUUGAUGCAAGUGUGUGUGUGGGUGCUGUGUAGGUUCAUUGUAGAUUUUUAAAGGUGUGUGUGUGUGUGUGUUUUUAAAAUUGCCAUUUAAAUAUUUUAGCUGUAGUGAGUUCACCAGAUGCCCGUAGAUGGAAACACGGGGAAGCUUCCAGGAGGUCCUGAGCCUCACAAACUAGUCUUUGUUUUCUAGAAGCAUUCGCUGCGGUUUGUUUAUCAUUCUGGGGGGAGUAGAGGACACCUGGAUCUUCACUUUGACCAGUCCAAUCAGUGCAGAGCAGUGCUGACUCCAGGAAGGAUUCUUGAAAGGAGUUCAGGGCAGGCGCAUCCUGUUAUUGUUCAGUACGCGCACAUCGAAUCGGUUCAGAAAGUUAAUGUUCAUGCCUUAAAUCCAUAACCUAUCAGGUAACUGGGCGGUGCAUCUUAUCUUAGCUGGGAGUGAUCAAUUCUGUCUCGUCAUCUGCGAGGUCACACCAGGCUCCAUCUGCAUGUACUACUUUGUUUUUUCUUUUUCAGUGGAAGUAAUCAGCAAUAACGAGGACAUUUUCACAUCAUGUGCUCAAGAGUGUGAGAUGAUUAUUGUCAUAGUUAGAAAUGUCUUAUGUAUUUUUUUUUCCUGUCCUAAAUUAUGUAAGCUAAUGAUUUUUUUUUUUUUAUUUGUUUUGUUUCUUUCAUUCCUUAAAUAUUGGAUUUUAAUAUGCGGGUGUGUGUGUGUGUGUGUGUGCGUGUGCGUGUGCGUGUGUGUAAAAUUCAUAGACUUUUGUUGAAUUUCAUAUUUAUUUAAAAAGGGUACAAAAAAAGUUUGAUUUAUUUUCUGCCAGGAAGGGACUUUUAUUUUUGUAAACCCAUCCAAAUCAUUCAUUUCUAAAUGAGCUCUCUUGUAAAUUAGCUCCUCAUUUGUAGCACAUUUGGCAUUAUUUGUAGCCAUGUUUUCUACUCAGAAUAUUUUCCUGCCUUAAGCUGUCGUGGUCCAUGUGCAACCUUUGAAUUGGCAGGUGAUGCCAAAAUUUGAACAAGAGGAAAAAAAAAUACCCACAAAUGCAGUAAAUUUGCUUUUUUUUUCUGUUUAUGAUUGAACAGAACAAUGUGUAACUUCCUUUCUGGUUCAGCUGCAACCUCUCUGUCAGUUUAGAUUUAAGAUUUUGUCAUGUUGCAGGCAACACUGCUGAUCUAAGGUUGUACAUGUAGUAUUUUGUAGCCUUUGGGUGCCUCAGUCUCAUCCAAAUGUGUUAAAAUGUUGUAACUGCUGUCUUGUUUCUUUAUAACUUCAAAACACCAUCUGGAAAAAAAAAAAAAUCCAGGCAUUCUUCUAAACCACUAAAAUGUUCGACUCCUUUUGUAACUGAUCAGCUGAACCGACAAACAAACGUGAGCGUUGUGUGUCGUUGUCCCCACGCAGUAACAUUUCUGGCAUGUUUCGUUUCACUGCAGGAGAAAUCCGGCUUAGUGCCUUGCUGAGGUAAAAAUAUUAAGUCCCUAUGAAUAUUCAAGUCAGGAUAUUGUCUUGUGUGCCGUCGUGAUUUAAGAAUGUGUGGUUUUCAGGUCUUGUAUGUUGGGUUUGUAUGAUUUUUUUUUUUUUUUUUGGAAAUGUUUGCACCUUCAGUUUAAACUCAAAAACCUUUUUGAAAUUGUAGGAUUCAAAGCAUGUCUGAGGAGACGAGAGGCGUUUUUCUGAAAUAAUGGGCUGUAUUGGAAAAUAACACUAUAAAAUGCACAUGUUGAAAGACAGUUUUCUUUCUGUUGAAGUCACCUUAGAAUAAAAAAUGAAUAAGAUAACAGAUCUACUGACAAAUGCCAUGAAAAUGAUGUAGUUUAACAGAACAGAAGUGAACUGAGUGCAGCCCUGAAGAUCCAGUUGCUGUUCUCAGUGCUUUUGGGGGAAAAACUGGCUUAUCGAAAAACGUAAUCUUUUUUUUUUUUUUUGUUCUUCAAAAGCUAUUUUUCUUGCUUCAUUCUGUUUAAAGUUUGUACUUGUGAAUUACUUAUG